AGAACAUUUUUUGCAUGCGGCAUGUGGCACGUUUUAUAAUCCGCUCCUUCCCUCCUCCUAGCUGCUGUGGUUGGGGAAGGAGGUGUUAUUUUGUGGCCGGGGCUCAGCACGCCCUGGCGGCUGUUGUUGUGUUGUCUGGGGCGGGGGGUGGGGGUUCAGGGUCCAACUACUGGCUAGCUAGUUAGCUUUGUCUGUUCUAUUCAGCAGCUCUCACCCUGAGUUACGCUAUUAAAUAUAAAAACCUUAUCUAGACACAAUAAAUACCAAUUGUAGUCACCAUUUCUACUCGAUACUUCCCGGUUUUACCAAUAAAGCACACUUGUUCAUUGAAGUCUAGCAUGGAGUCCAACAUCUACAACACUGCUAGCUAGUUCCCUUAAACUACAUCAUGCUUCAAGUUGAUAUGUCCAUUCCCGUGUCAAACACAGAAAACUGUGUGAGCUUGCUUGUAUGGAAAAAAUAGCUUGCUUAUUAUUAAUAGACACAAAUAUCUGAACAAGCUGUUUAUCUUUUUAAACUUAAUUUAAUGGCCUUAUUGCCAUUGUGCACAUACAACGAAAUUGUAAGUAUACAAUAUCAUUCCAAUAAAACGUCUAUUAAAACGAAUGAGUGCCUCUAAAAAAUUGUAAUAGACAAAUAUAAAACGUAUAUACCAUCACAUACUGCUGGUUUUGCAUAUUGGUAUUGCACAAUUCCAAUAAUUUAAAUUAGAGAAAGAGAAAGAUAGGUUUAUUUGUCAUAUGCACAGUUAUACAUGGUACAAUGUGCAGUGAAAUAUAUUUUGUACUUGCAGGUGAUAGUAAAUGAGAAAAAAAGAAAUGCAGCACACAAAAUUAAAAACAAACAUACUGUAUAUAAAUAUAAAUGUGUCUAUAUAAAAAAAAGUAGCUCUAGUAUGUGCAAAUAAUUUAGAGGCCUGCAUAUGUGGAUAAUGUGCAUAUACAGUAGGGCAGUAUUGCAGGUGUGGAUACCUUUGGCAUUAUGGAUCAGCUUUUGGCAGAGUUUAAAGUUUUUACAGCCAUGGUAUAAAAGCUGUUUUUUAGUUUGUCCAUGUUAAUCCAUGCUGAGGGCAGUAGUUCAAACAUGGAGUGUCGAGUGGGAUGGAUCUGUCAAAAUAUUCUGAGCUUUUUUUAGGGCGGCAACCUAAGACCUUCUGAACUGAGAUGAUCACAGUGAGUCCAUCACACCCUGCAAUUUUUUACACAUAUCAAAAACUGAUAAUUGCAUUAGAUUUAAAAUAAAUAAUCCCCAUCAUCCUGUAUCCCUCAUAAGCAUAUUUCUGUUAUAGAUUUUUUUUUUCUGUGUAGAUUUAGUGUAAUCACAGUUUUUAUGCUGUGUUUGUUUAUAGUUAAAUCUUAAAUUAAACUGUAAAAAAUAGGGCUAUUUUCAUUGUUGGUUAUUUUGUCAGUUCCGUUGUUCGGAUUGUUUUUGUUUAUUCAUUAAUCCUUUGUUUAUCCAAUGUAACAUAGAAAACAAUUUCACAUAGAAAACAAAGGAAUAACAUAAAAGCAGCAUAAAAAAGAAUAGUAAAAGAAAAAUAAAAGGAAUGUAAAGAUGGUACAAAAGAGGGAAAUGGAUCAUAGCAGUGAUAUCCAUUCAUAGAUUAGCUUUUGGGUAUCAAUUUAUUAGCUUUUGGGUAUCAAUUUAUUUAUUUAUUUAUUUGUUUGUUUCCAUAAAACUGGAGUAAGAGAUUUUUUACGCUUCCUUUUCUUAAAAAAAUCAAAUAGAUUGAUUCAUUAUAUAAAUAGCUGGUAAUUCAUUUAAUAGCUGACCUCUAAUUGAUUUAUAUUCAUCACUGACACCCUAAUAGAACAUCUUUUAUAGCUUCUGUUUCCACAUUUAUGAAUCAUUUGAUUGAUUGACUUGUCGCAUUCACAGUGAUGUCUUCUGUCUUCAUACACUCCCUCUGAUCUUAUUUUUCUUUUUUCUCUCUUAUUUUAUGGUUUUCUGUCAACCAUGGAAAUGUGUGAUGUUCACCAAACCAUUGGGGCUUUUGUCAAAUUAAACAGUGGGCCUGCAUCCCUGGUCAUACAUCCACAUUUGCUGAUGUUUUAAGAAUGGAUUGGGUUUCCUAACUCAAUUAUGUAAAAAGCCUGGGCUCAUGUUGUCAUGCCUCUACUUUCAGGCUUUGGCCCCUGAUGAUUUGGGUGGGUGUGGUCUGUUGUAUCACCCCUCAUCCUGAGUGAAGCCCCCCUCUGUUUCCCACAAACACACACGCAUUCUAACCACGGCGAUGACACACCAUUCCAACAACACUGUUCGAGAUCAUAUGAAAUGGGCUGGGUUGCUGGGCUGUGAGGCGGUGCUGUCCAGCAUGGCCCUGAUGCAAGCCAACAACAUCCCAGGCCAGAAGAAGAUGAUGUCCCCUCUGGGUCAGGGGCAGAGGGCCAGUCCGGAGAGCCACCAGCCACACUCGCAACACAGCCAUAACCACAGUCACGGACACCAGGUUCAUCAUGGGCAUCCUCACCACAGUCAUAUGGGCCAUCCAUCAUCCGGAACCUGUCCACCCCUGCUGAUCCGAAAGGAUGGUGAUUAUCACUCAUCAAGAAUGUUGGAUGGAAAGGACAUGCAAGCAAACCAGAACAUGCAACCCAAAAAGAAGCACAAAAAAUCUCCAUCAUCCAAUAAAAUAAAGGAGAAAGUACCGCAGCAUUUGCUUCCACCCAUUGAUAUGGACGACGACUUGUCCUUGAAAGUCCAGAAAAAUUUCAUAUGUGACCACUGCUACGGAGCAUUUAGGAGCAGCUAUCAUCUCAAACGACAUAUACUCACACAUACAGGGGAAAAGCCAUUUGCCUGUGAUUCGUGCGACAUGCGUUUUAUUCAGCGGUACCACCUGGACAGACACAAGAGGGUUCACAGCGGAGAGAAGCCGUACCAGUGUGAUCGCUGCCAUCAGAACUUCUCUCGGACAGACCGGCUGCUCCGUCACCGACGCUUGUGUACGGUCGGCAUAAGUAAAGAAGAGAACCAGUCGAUGUGUGACACCCGGGCGUCAGGAUACGGACAGGAAGCCGCCACACAUACAGCCUCCUGGAGUCCACUACAGUCCACCAACAACCGGCUGACCGUGUAACCGUCCCCCAGCAGAGCCCACAGACCUUGAAAACGGCCCAGCUUUCACACAACCAGACUCUACAUUGCUCUGGUCAGCUGGACAUUAGGCUCACUAGUGGAUUGUUGUAUUUUUGAUGUAUUGUUGCAUUGAUGGUACAGAUAGAAGGACUAACACAGCCCUGGACAGGAGGUGUUUUGUUUUUGUUUUUUAAUUAUGGCAAUAACUUAACAAACGCACACUACUCUGUUUAGUUUACAUGCAACAUUUAGCUUAAGUUCAUUAUAUUCUUUUUAGGCAAACAAUAACUAAAGGACACAAACAGAACAAUGUGACCUUUAAGUGAUGCUUUAAGUUUUUUUUUUUUUUCGUAUAGAUGUACCAGCUGCAGCUCUGAGGUCAAAGGUCACAGCAGAUGGUCUGUGGUCCAUGCUGCUUUGAGGAAAUAAUUCAUCACCUUAUAUUAAAACUUAGUAUAUGUUUUAAUAACUCUUUUCAUGAGGCAUUAAAGAGGCAGAUGUCAGAGCCUUCAUCAGCACAGCAUCAUUCUCACAUGAAAAUCUGCCUUUGAAAGACUAGUUACAGGUGUAAAAAGAAAAAAAAGGAAAAGAAAAAAAAAAGAAAGAGCAAAAUGGUUUAACUGUGAACUCCUAAAACAUACAUAAUUUUUUAAAAGAAGCCGACAAACAACUGGAUGAGUCAUUUGUUGUGGCCGCCCCACUUCAGAUAUUUUUUUGUUUACAAGUUUUGUCAUCAUAGAAACCACUGGCAGUCUUAUCUCUGUGUCGGGGUGAUUUCCUUGAACUGUCUUCCUUUAUUUGAGAAGUAUUUUUGUAAGUGAUGAUGAGAAAGUGCGAUGAGUGUUCAUAUUUGCUUUUUGGAGUUCACCAGUUUGUUAUAUUUGUCCAAAAAUGGGUCAAAAUACUGGUUCUAUCAGAGGAAAACCUAGUUAUUCAACAGUAUUCACAAAGGAACUGAAACUAAAAUCUUAGUGUUGACGAGUUUUACCGCUAACUUUUUCAAUCAGUUACUGAGCGCACGGUGCCAUAUCAUUUCAACUCCAGUUUAACCUUCAGCGUCUUCAGUGAAGAUGGACGGAGGAAUAGCAGCUCCACUUGAUGAACUGUAUGAAAACCUGCAGUAUUUUGUCGUAAGACCUCUGUAUGGACAAAUUAAUUUGUAAACACUGGACUGAACCAUUUAGCUCAGUUAUAGGGGGGAUGCAUACGUUUAACAGUUGUUGUCUUUUUAGACUAAAACAUGUUUUCUAGUGAACUGGUAGCUCUGUUCCUUUCAUUCUUAGAUUAUUUUAAAAGAGUCUGGGGCCCAUCAUUGACUUGUCCACUGCUUAAGAAGUUAAUAUAUAUUUAAAGUGUAUUAGGAGUAGGAAAUAGUACGUAUGGGACCUACACUCUGGAAGAGAAUCAAAGUAUUUACAAAAUUAUCAUCCAUAGUUUGACGGAUUCUUACAUGAAAUCAUUCAACUUGCUUUUAGGAAUUGUUUGAAAGCUGCAGCUCUUUAGAAAAGCAGCUACAUUUAGUAUGUUUUCUUUUCUUUUGCAUGUUUUUGCCGGAGGACCUUGUAUCCAUUUUGAUUAUUUUUUAAUGUAAGUUCCUCCUUUUUUUGUCAUUUCAUGGCUGAAGUUAAGUCAGCUGGACUUAGACAUACUGUAGUAAACAGAGAUCUAGAGCCCCGAGUCUAAAUAAAACUGUUACACUUUUUU